AUGCGCGAGCAGCUGCAGCGCAGCAUGAACGUCCGCGAGCAGCAACGCUCCAUCAUCGAGGCCCGUCUGCAGCAGUCCGCCAAGGGCGACGGCCCCGACAGCAGCAAGGGCGAUACCACGCCCUUUGGCCCCCAGCGCACCGGCAAGCGCCGUCCGCCCCCCGGCCUGUCCAUCGUCCCGCCCUCCGCCUCGCAGUUUGCCAACGAGCGCGUCAUCCAGUCCGCUCCGCUGAACCAGACCUUCACCGGCCGCCGCCAGCCGCAGCCGCUGACCCGCCACUUCCUCAACCAUCCCGCCGACGUGGCCGCCUCGCCGCAUAUCCACCACACCCCGGCCAACCAGACCAACAACCGCCUGCCGCCCAUCGCCGACGUCUUUGGCGCCGACGCCCUGUCCCUGCGCGAUCGGGACGCCAGCGGCCGUGGCCCCUUUGGCCAGUCGAACCCCGCCCAGUCCUCUGCUCUCGCUCCGCUGCCCUCGCCCGGGCCUGCCCGGUGGCCCGCCCCCAAAACGGCCCCGGGAGUACCGUUCCGCCGAGGAAGCCGUCCACGAACUCGCCGGGCGGGCGCGAGGAGCUGCUCCCGCGCAUCAUCCAUUACAGCAGCGCCAAUCGCCCCACCAGUCCGCGCUCUCCGCCCAGCCUCCAGCCGCACAACAGCGGCAACAGCACCGCCGGUCCGCUCAACGGCAUGGCGCAUCUGA